ACCGAUCAAACUGAAAACACUUCUCCUGUAAUCAUUUCCAUUCAUCGAUUCCAUGGAUGCUUUGUCGGACCUUCCACCCGCGGCGGAAGUAAUUGCCAAUAACGUCGAUCUUAUUACUCAAAUCCUUCUAUUUUUGCCGGCAAAAUCCCUUAUACGAUUCAAGUCCGUGUCCAAGCAAUGGCUAUCUCUCCUAUCCGACACCCGAUUCGCCACCGAACACAGCUGCCGAAACCCUCGGCCCUCGAUUUCGGGCUUUUUCUUGGGCCGGAAAUAUGCUAAUCAAAGCUGCAAGUGUGUCUCGCUUCAGGGCGACCCAACUGGGCCCUCACUCAAUUACCUCCACCGCAUUGGAUUUGUAUACCGAUCACAGAUCGUUCACUCUUGCAACGGAUUGCUGUUAUGUGAGUAUAGUCAAGUUCUUUGUAAUGUAUACAUCGAUCGUUACCUUGUUUGCAAUCCAACUACGCGGACGUAUACAGUAAUUCCUGAACCCGAACCCGGCAUGUUUUCAUCUGGGUGUAUAGCUUUAUUGGCUUUUGAUCCUUUGAAAUCGCCUCGCUAUAAAGUUGUGUUUCUGGGUCUUUAUCCCUAUGUUGAAAAUCCGUAUGUUCAAAUAGAUAUCUAUUGUUCGGAGAGUGCAUCUUGGAAACAGAUUCGUGCACCCUGUAGAAGUCUUAUACACCCGGUGUUUUGUAGCGGAGUAAUCUAUUGGUUAGGUUAUGAGAAUGUUGUAUCGGGGUUUGAUGUUGAUUCAGCGAAGAUGAUAGAAAUGAAGAAACCUCUGAAAAUUCAUUCGGUGGACAGGAUUAAGUAUUUCGGGGAAUGUGGUGGCCGUUUGAUUCUUUUUCAGACUCGAAACAGGUCUGCUAUGGCAUUCGAUAUCCUUGAGACGGAUAACGACUAUUGUUGUUGGAUUGUGAAGUGUCGGGUCAGUCUUGGACCCUUACAAUCUGUAUCCCCUCAGUUGGAAAGCGAAUACUGCAAGUCCGUUCUGUGUGUUUUGAAGGGUGAGACGGAAAAAGAUUUUGCACUCGUGUUAACUUUUCCAGAGAAGACAAUCUACUAUAAUCUGAAGUGCAAUUCAUGGAAUGUGCUUCGUGAUGAUAGUGCUUUAGGUUCUUGUGAUAGUGCUUUUCCCUACGUUGAAUCCCUAUACCCUCUUUGAGAACUGCCAUUCAGAAUACAUGUUGGAGCUCGUGUUUUUUCCCCCCUGUUUAACGUGUCCGAAACAUUAAGGAGGAUUGCUUCUGGAGACAUUGAAUAGGUUAGUACCAUGUUGCUAUUUGGAUUUACGUAACGUAAGGAAUAUAUUUGUUCUUGAUCUUUUUUCUGAACUGAUGGACGUCCUUUCCUCUGCUCAAGUAUUGGUGAGGAUCCUUUCAGGUGAAAUCUUAUCAUCAAGCGUUAUGUGGGAAUGCAAAUGCCUAAUUUCGUUGGCAAGCGAUUUGGAAAAUAGUGACGCCUUUGAAAGUUGGAGUUUUUUUGCUUGGUGCGUGGUGCAAGGCAAGAUCCUUACUAUCAACAGUUAACUUGAUCUGAAGGCGGAGAAUCAUUAUUAAUUGGUGUUGUAUGUGUAAAAGGAAUGCCGAGACAGGGAUCACCUCCUCAUCCAUUGCCCGAUGGCAUGAGAGCUUUGGUCUGUGGUGUUUUCUUGGUUUGGGAUUCAAUGGGCCGUGUCUAGGAGUGUCAUGGAAGUUUUAAUUGCUUGGAGCGGGGCUAGAGUGGGCAAGAGAAGAAAGAGUGUUAGGGCCAUGAUACCUCUUUGCUUGAUGUGGACUAUGGAGUGAAAGAAAUUCGAGAUGUCUUGAAGAGGGUCGAAAAGUCUUUGUUUAGAAUACAAAGUUUUGUGGUUAGUAGUUUGUAUAGUCGGUUCAUGGGAGAAUGCAGUCCCUCUCUUGAUCAAUUUUUGGAAUGGUUUGAGUUUUUCAUUUCAUAUCAUACCGUGGUGUAUCCUUUUUGUUCGUGGCCCUCUUUGUGCAUACGGGCGGCAUUCCCUUAAUGUUUCUUUCCCUUGAUCGUACGGAUUCGGAUAGGGUCGUGUGCAAGGAUAUCGCAUUGGUUAGUGUCC